AUGCGUAUGAGAUAUAAAGAUAUAUUACCAGAGACAGUAGGAUUAAACGUACAUAGCGACGAUGGAUAUGACGCUGUAUAUCAAGCAGUAUACAAUUAUGUGGGGAUAAGUGAAGAAUCGAUAAAUGUCAGGAUAUACCAAUUGUCACGUCAAGAUGGUAUAGGGCAAAAUGAAUACGGCGAUUACAAUAUAGUGCUACUAUACAAUGCAUUAAACCCAAUCAGUUUGUACUUAAGGUAG